ACGCGUGAUUGAGGUGGAGGCAGUCAGCCUGCGACGGAAAAACAAGAGAGAAUAGGUCGGACAGUUCACGCUUGUUCCAUGUUUUAAAAGAAAGAGAAAAGAGUGAAACCCACGGAUAUGUGGAUGUAGGCGUUAUUUUCGUGGCUUCCGCGCAGGCUCGGUAACUCACAGUUUGGUUCGCGGGUUGUGGUUUGGGUUUGUUGUUGAGCGUGUCGCUGUUUGCCCAUUCUCACUGGAGUGAACACUAAGGAGGACUCCAUGAAAGAUGACAGAGGAGGUGAUUGUUGUAGCCAAGUGGGACUACACGGCCCAGCAGGACCAGGAACUUGACAUCCGUAAAAAUGAGCGUCUCUUCCUCCUGGACGACUCAAAGACCUGGUGGCGUGUCCGCAACGCCUCCAACCAAACGGGGUAUGUGCCAUCAAACUACGUCGAGCGCAAGAACAGCCUGAAGAAAGGCUCGCUUGUGAAGAACAUCAAAGACACUCUGGGUUUGGGAAAAACUAAGAGGAAGACAAGUGCCCGUGAUGCUUCCCCAACACCAAGCUCAGACACAGAGUACCCUUCUAAUGGCAGCGGGGGUGGAGGGGUCGGAAUCGGAGCUGCAGAGAGAAUCUACGACCUCAAUAUCCCCGCUAUAGUUAAGUUUACCUACGUAGCAGAGAGGGAUGAUGAGCUGACCCUGGUUAAGGGCUCUAAAGUGAUCGUGAUGGAGAAGUGCAGUGACGGCUGGUGGCGGGGUAAUCUAGGGGGACGUGUAGGCUGGUUUCCCUCCAAUUAUGUCCAAGAGGAGCUCGGAGUGGCAGAUGAUGGAGGAGAGGGAGAUUCCUCGCGGGGCCAUCUUGGAGGUUCUCAAGGAACUUUGUUGGCAAAUGGGCGCGCCGGUGGCCGUGGUGGAGUUCUUCACCUGGUUCAAACACUCUACCCCUUCAGCUCUGUGACGGAGGAGGAGCUAAACUUUGAGAAGGGAGAAAUCAUGGAAGUGGUGGAGAAGCCUGAGAACGACCCCGAGUGGUGGAGGUGUAAGAACUCACGUGGUAUGGUGGGCCUGGUACCUAAAAACUAUGUGAUGGUGCUGGACGAGCGGCCCGGCCUGCCCUCCUCCACGUCGAGCUCCCCACAGAAUCGCCUCCUGGCACCGGCACGCUCGGGGAGGUUUGCCGGGAGGGACUGGUACUACGGCAACAUCACCAGACACCAGGCCGAGUGUGUACUCAACGAGAGAGGAGAAGAGGGUGACUUCCUCAUACGAGACAGCGAGUCAUCGCCCAGUGAUUUCUCUGUGUCUCUGAAGGCGGUGGGUAAGAAUAAGCACUUUAAAGUGCAGCUGUCAGACGGAGUAUACUGUAUUGGCCAGCGCAGGUUUAACUCCAUGGAUGAACUAGUGGAGCAUUACAAGAAAGCGCCCAUCUUCACCAGCGAACAUGGGGAGAAGCUGUACCUGGUCAAAGCGCUGCCGUGAUUCACACACCCUCACACCUACACUGGAUCUCACACGCAAACACACACGCUCUCUCUCAUACACACAACACUAAUGCCACUCUCUAACUGUCUUAACUCAAGCCUUAGCUCUGGACCCUUUUGCUGUGGCGUCUGUACCACAUCUAGAUCCUCUCUCGCACCUCUGCGUCUUAUCUGUCCUAGCAGUGAGCAGGUGAAACUUUUUUUCUAGCUCAUCAAUCGAGCUGUUAACCUGAAGACAGCCAGCACUGUGUCAAAAAGAAAUCCACAUCCUUCAUAUACAACAUCACGCCAAAAAAAAGAAAAGGAAAAACAGGAAAAAAAAAAAAAAAACAGCCUCUCAAACUAGGAUGUGCUAUCGUGCAGUGACCAUAUCUGCUGCUAACUGAACGCCUGAGGCCUUGCUGGGUGUUGAGCUCUCCUUCUGAUGUCAUACUUAAUGUCCAUUUACUAGCACGCACAUUGUAAGUUACACCAUUGCUCUUAAUCCACACAGGAGAACCGACAAUGAACCGUUCAAAGAGGACUCAGACCUCUGAGGGACCUAACUCUCGUGUUGUCCUAUUGAAUUGCUGGCCAUUGUUUUAUUCUGUUCACUUAUUUUUAAAAGAAAUGCUUGUUAAAGAGUUAAAGAUUUUUUUUUCUUUUUUUCCUUUUUUUUAUAGCUAAAUUAAUUUCCUCUCUGGAGGUUUAUACUGUCGCUUCUUCAUUCAGUGACUUCACAAAGUGACCAGAAUCACUCUCUUGCCUUUUGCCCUUUGUCUCAGAGUUUUCACCAUUCCUCUACAUGAUUUUUCUCCCCAUUUAAAUUUCUUGACAUUUUUUUUUUUUCCAGUUAUAUCCCUCCUUGUUUCUGUGUUCACAGACCCAGUCAUUAGUAGUUUGUAAUGCUUAAAAUCUGGAUACAACACUUCCUGUAAAGCAGUUUAGAUGGGAGCACUAAUGCAAUAGUGGAGACUUCUGAUUUCCUGUAGAGUUUGAAUGUUUUAUUUGUGUAACCAAAUGUGCCACUUUGUACCCAUUACUACUGGCUCCAGGGCUGCCCCACACUCACCAUACUAUGGCAGUCAUUCAUAACUCUGUGCUCAUGCUUUAUAUAGUGUCACAUUGGACACAUUACUGUUCUGUUCUCCAGUAUUUGUCUGUAGCGACAUGAUGAUACUGACAAAUAAUUUAAAAAAAAAAAAAAAAAUUUUUUUUUUUUUUUUUUCUUUUGGUAAAACUGAUCUGUUCCAGCUUCUUCCCAUGGAAAGUAAAUACCAUCUUAGAUGUGAUUGAUGAGAACUUUUGAACGGAUAUUAAAUUGAGGAAAAAAAAGUACAAUUAUACUUGGCUGAGGCUUUGUUUCAGAGUCAAAAAAAAAAAAAAUUAGGCAGGGUAGACUACCUUUACAAAUUACAAUCUUCCAUUUAUUAACAAAUUAAUCAUAAAACGGGUCCAAAAUCAGCUGUUUGCUAAAGCCCUCCCCUGAGUAGGAGUAGUCCAGUCAUACUGGAGCAAGCAUAGCUGGAUGUGGCAGGUCUCUGAAGCCUGGCCUCUUUAUAUCUAGCAAAAAAAAAACAAAUUGAGGGAACUUUUUAAAAAAAAAUUUUUUGUCCCCCAAAGUCUUUAUAAAACUAAAAGGAAUAGUGUACUAAUCUAUUCUGAAAUUAGUGUUGGCUCUCUUUAUAAUGACAGUCUUUGUAACUACAGUCAAUGAGAAGUGAAAUCAAAGAUGAUUUGUUUCUGAAAUGCUUAAAUAUUGAGUUGCCAUUGUACUCUUGAUAUGUGUUGUGCAUGUUUGACAGGUGUAGGAACAGUAACAGAGCAGGGCGGGACUUAGGAUACUCUCUUCAUAUAUAUAUAUAUAUA